AUGCCAUGUUCUUCAAAUAUCCCAAAUGGAGAUUCAAUUAAAUUAAAAAGGAGGCUUAUAAAUGUAAAUUUAAGUGAAUGGAAUUAUAUUGGUGAAUAUCAAAAUGAGGAAGCUUUUGAAAUCCUUCGAGUUCAACGAAAAGUUUCCCCUUUACGGGAAAGAGGAAAACAAUUUCUUACUUUGAGGCAGCAAACGCUUAAGUGUUAUUUUCGAAAGCCAGAAAAGGGGAAAUGUCGUUAUCGAAUGUUGAUAUUUCGUGAAUGGGAUGGACAGCCUGCACAGGUUUAUGAGAAAGGUGUGCAUAAUCACAAACCAAAACCUCUUAAACAAUCCGAUAUUUUGUCAAUUGAACAAGCAAAGCAAUAUUAUGAAAGCAUAAUGAGUUCAUUUAUUCAACAAAAUCCUGAAAAUAAUUCUUCUUUACCUCAACAACAAAUACCUCAACAACAAAAUUGUUAUACACCAACAACUUCUAAAGAAGGAAAUAAUAAUGGAAAACUGUCAAAUUGUGAUUCUUGGAAAAUUAAUGGAAUGAGAAAUAUUGGAUGGAGAUUUUCGUUAGCAAGUUGUUUUUCUGAGUUGAGAAUUUUAGCCGAUGGAUUUCUGUUGGAUUUGUCUUGUACAGAGUAAG